CUGUCAGAGGGAGCUGCAGUCGAGACCAGUCUCUGUGUCUCUGUCUGAAGAAAUAUUGAACUGAGCGUCAGGUCUUUCUCAACAAAUACCGAUAUGGCUGCUGCAAACUAUCUGCCAUCUGAAGAUCAGUUUCUGUGCUCCAUCUGUCUGGAUGUGUUCACUGAUCCUGUAACCAUACCAUGUGGUCACAACUUCUGCAAAAACUGCAUCACUGAUCACUGGAAUACUAAUGACCAGCACCUGUGUCCGAUGUGUAAAACGUUUUUCAACACAAGACCUGAACUGCACGUCAACGCUUUCAUCUCUGAGAUGGUUGCUCAGUUCAGACAGUCAGCUCAACAGAAAGCCAGCAGCAGCAGCUCAGAGCAACAAGUGUCCAAACCAGGAGAAGUUCCCUGUGACGUCUGCACUGGAACCAAACUGAAGGCCCUGAAGUCCUGCCUGGUGUGUCUGGUCUCCUACUGUGAGACUCAACUGGAGCCUCAUCUAACCAUGUCAAGCCUGAAAACACAUCAGAUGAUCGACCCUGUGGAGAACGUGGAAGGCAGGAUUUGUACGAAGCACGAUAAACCUCUGGAGCUGUUCUGUAAGACCGACCAGAAAUAUGUCUGCAUGCUCUGCACUGUUUUAGACCAUAAGACGCAUGAUGUUGUUCCUCUGACAGAAGGAUAUGAAGGAAAGAAGGCAGAGCUGGAGGCUGAAAUUCAGCAGAUGAUCCAAAAGAGACAACUGAAGAUUCAGGAGAUCAAACACUCAGUCGACCUCAGUGAGGAAGAUGCAGACAGAGAGAUAGCAGAAGGUGUUCAGGUCUUCACUUCUCUGAAGGAGUCUGUUGAGAGAGGCCUGAAUGAGCUCAUCAACACGAUCAAAGAGAAGCAGAAAACAACAGAAAAACAGGCCGAAGGUUUCAUCAAAGAGCUGGAACAGGAAAUCUCUGAGCUGAUGAAGAGAAGCACUGAGGUGGAGCAGGUGUUACGCUCUGAAGACCACCUCCAUCUUCUCCAGAGUGUCCAGUCCCUAAACAUCCAACAACUUCCACCCACCAAGGACUGGACAGAGAUCAGCGUCCGUCCAUCAUCAUAUGAGGGGAAUGUGGUGAAAGCUGUGGUUCAACUGGAGGAGACACUCAGUAAAGAGAUGAAGAAGCUGCUCCCUGAGCUGAAGAGGGUCCAGCAGUAUGCAGUGGAUGUGACUCUUGAUCCUGAUACAGCACAAUCAUUUCUCAUCCUGUCUGAUGAUGGGAAACAAGUGAAUCUUGGUGAUGUGAUGAAGAAUCUCCCAGACAACCCAGAGAGAUUUUCUAAGUGUGUUAGUGUUUUAGGAAAGCAGAGUUUCUCUUCAGCCAGAUUUUACUUUGAGGUUCAAGUGAAAGGAAAGACUAAUUGGGAUUUAGGAGUGGCCAGAGAGUCGAUCAACAGGAAGGGAAGAAUCACAGUGAGUCCUCAGAAUGGUUACUGGGCUGUAUGGUUGAGAAAUGGAAAUGAGUCCUACGCUCUUGAUGACCCUGCUGUCCGUCUCUCUCUGAAGUCUCCUCCUCAGAAGGUGGGGGUGUUUGUGGAUUAUGAGGAGGGUCUGGUCUCCUUUUAUGACGUAGAUGCUGCAGCUCUUAUCUACUCCUUUACUGGCUGCUCCUUCACUGAGAAACUCUUCCCAUUCUUCCGUCCUAGUAGUAAUGAAGGUGGUAAAAACUCUGCCCCUCUGAUCAUCUCUUCUGUCAGAGUAAACUAAUCACUGAUCUCAUUUCAGGUAUUGAUUUAUUUUCAAUCAAGAGAUCGAAUGUACAUAUUCAUAUUUUACAUCUCAUUUUCUACAGAAUCUGUUUCCUGUGGUGAUUGAUUUACACUUUAUUCCAUUUAUUAUCAUAUGGUUAAAUGUGCUGCAAUUCUUUGCAAAUUAAAUCAAACUUCAUCUUGACAUAUUUGGUGUCUUUAGAAAACUGAUUUCUUCUGGAAGUUAUAAUAAAUGUCUGUGGGUUUAACAGAGGUUUAAAUAGAUAUUGUCCACAUAACGUGUGUCAUGAUGCAUCAAAUUCAUGUGUUGAUGAUUGAAGACUAGUAACAAAGAAAUUGCAGAUAUCCACAAAUGGAGAAAACUGAUUUUUAUUUUAUUUUAAAUAUCUAAAAUUAAAGGGGGGACAAUUAGGAUCUAAGAGGUAUAUGGUGUAAAUUGGUUGUCUGAUGUUUUAUUUGUUAUAUUCCUCAAUAAUGAGACAGGAAAGAAAAAGUCUGAAUUAUUGUGGCAUAAUUGCAGAAAUAAAGUCUGUUUGUUGAGACCAAGAAUGUUAAUGGUGUUAUUCCUAAAUCAGUUCUUCUGAUAUCACUUUAAACUGCUGGUUUUGUUCUUUCUACCACAACAUGUAAGCCACUUUCCUAUUUGGAGAAACUGCUGUUGCACUUAUUAUAAAAUUGAUAAUUUCAAGCGUUUAGACAUAAUGGUUAACCCUCCUGUUCCUUGGGUCCAUUUUCUAAUAUAUAAG